AUGCCUUUUGCUCCAACAUUUACAAGACCAUUGCACGACACUGAUGUUGCUGAAGGUGAUAAUGUACAGAUGGAAUGCGUAGUUCAGGGUGAACCAGAACUGGCGAUAAUUUGGUACAAAGAUGGUCAGGUUAUUAGUGAUACAGGACGGUUUACUUUCUACCAUGGUGCUGACGGUACAUGUAGGGUUUCAAUAGAGAGUGCUAUACAGCAAGAUGAAGCCUUAAUAACAUGCUCUGCAACUAAUCAAGAUGGCUCAGCUACCACAAGUGCACACCUUAUUGUCGACAUAUUUCAAGAAGCAACUGAAUUCAUGUCUGAAAGAUUGGAAACUUUACCGGAAAAGGAUGAACCAAAUGCAAUUUCCUCCGUGGUUAGAUUUCUUGAGGAAACACCAAUUAGCACUCCUCCAGAAUUCUACUCUACACCACCUGAGGAUAUAUAUGUAGAGCAGCAACUUCAAGAAAUUGGUCCUGAGAAAUUCUCAUCAGACACUCUCAUUGUGACAGCUGAAUAUUCAUCUAUGGAGGAAGUGGCAACCGUCAUCGAAACGGUGACUGAAGACACAAAUAUAGUGCAUGAAGAGGCAAUAGUUGGACCAGUAGCAGAAGACAUGGUUACUCUAACAGAAUCUUCAGAUGAAAAGGCUGACAUAAGUACUAAGAAGCCAGUGACUACUGUUGACACUGUCGAAGUUGUAACGCCAAUACCAAAAACGGAAACUACUGCUGAAUUUGAAAUUGCAGAAAUUAUGAAGCCAGUAACAGAGGAAAUAGUGGGAAUUAUUGACAAUGUCAGAAUUGAAGAGACAGAAGAGGUGAUUACUUCAAAAAUUGACAUUACAGAGACUGUAAAGCCAUUAAUAGACGGGCAGGAAAAACAAGUCCCAGAAAAAGAAGCUACUGCAAAAAUUGACGUAGAUUCUGUAAAACUUGUAACUGAAGAGGAAGUCACAGUUGUUAAAACUGUCGAAAGACUAGAAGCAGAUGAGAAGCAAACUAUUAAACGUGAUAUUACUGAAGCUAAGCCAGUAAUGGAGGAGGUAGUAAAAGUUGUUGACAUAGUCACUAUCGAAAAACCUGUGUUUAGAAAGAGGGAAACUGCUAACGUUGAUAUUACAGAGGCUGUAAAAGCUGUAAUGCAUGAGGAGUUUACAGUUGUUGACACAGUGUCAAUAGACAGACCAAUGCCAAAAGAGAUGUUAACGGUUAAAGGUGACACAACAGAGACCGUGAAGCCAGUAAUAGACGAUGUUGUGACAAUCAUCGACACAGUCAAAAUUGAAAAACCAGUACAAGAAAAAGAAGUUACUGCCAUAGUUGACAUUAUGGAUACUGUGAAACCUGUGGUGGAAGAGAAACUUACUGUUAUCGACAAACCAGCACCAGAUGAAAAAGUAACUGCCAAAGUUGGCAUUAGAGAAUCGGAGAAGGCAGUAACAGACGAAAUAGUGACAAUAAUUGACACAGUUGAAAUUAAGAAACAAGUGCCAGAAGAUAGGGUAGCUGCAAAGGUUGACAUUACAGAAGCUGUGAAACAUGUAACACAAAAGGAGUUUACAGUUAUUGACACUGUUGCAAUAGGCAAACCAGUGCCAAAAAAGAUAACUGUUGAGGUUGACACAACAGAAACCGAAAAGCCAGUAACAGACGAAGUAGUAACAAUUAUUGACACAGUCAAGAUGGAAAAACCAAUACCAGAAAAAGAAGUUACUGCCAAAGUUGACAUUAUAGAUACUGUAAAACCUGUGACGGAAGAGGAAGUUACUGUUGUUGACACAUUUGCGAUUGACAAACCAGAACCAGAUGAAAAGUUAACUGCCAAAAUAAGCAUUACAGAGAUGGAGAAGGCAGUAACAGACGAAAUAGUGACAGUUAUCGACACAGUUGAAAUUACGAAACAAGUGUCAGAAGAAAGUAUUGCUACAAAGAUUGACGUUAUAGAAGCUGUGAAACCUGUAACACAAAAAGAGCUUACAAUUAUUGACACUGUUGCAAUAGGCAAACCAGUGCCAAAAGAAAUAAUAACUGUUGAAGUUGACACGACUGGAACCAUAAAGCCAGUAACAGACGAAGUUGUGACAAUUAUCGACACAGUCAAGAUUGAAAAAUCAGUGCCAGAGAAAGAAGUUACUGCCAUAGUUGACGUUAUAGAUACCGUGAAAUCUGUGGCGGAAGAGGAAGUUACUGUAAUUGAAACAGUCGCGAUUGACAAACCAGUACCAGAUGAGAAGGUAACUGCCAAAGUUGCUAUCACAGAAACGGAGAAGGCAGGAACAGACGAAAUAGUGACAAUAAUUGACACAGUUAAAAUUAAAGAACAUGUGACAGAAGAAAUUUUUGCUUCAAAGAUUGACAUUACGGAGACCGUGAAGCCAGUAAUAGACGAAGUAGUGGAUAUCAUCGAUACAGUCAAUAUUGAAAAAUCAGUGCCAGAAAAAGAAAUUUCUGCCAAAGUUGACGUUAUAGAUACUGUGAAACCUGUGACAGAAGAGGCAGUUACUGUUGUGGACACAGUCGCGAUCGACAAACCAGUACCACAUGAAAAAGUAACUGCCAACGUUGACAUUACAGAGACAGAGAAGGCAGUAACAGAUAAAAUAGUAACAAUAAUUGACACAGUUAAAAUUAAGAAACAAGUGCCAGAAGACAGUGUUGCUGCAAAGGUUGGCAUUACAGAAACCGUAAAGCCGGUAAUAGACGAAGUAGUGACAAUCAUCGACACAGUCAAGAUUGAAAAAUCAGUGCCAGAAAAAGAAAUAUCUGCCAAAGUUGACAUUAUAGAUACUGCCAAACCUGUGACUGAAGAGGAAGUUAUGGUUGUUGAUACUGUAGCCAUUGACAAGAAAGUAUCAGAUGAGAAGAUAACUGCCAUAGUCGGCAUUACAGAAACAGAGAAGGCAGUAACAGAUGAAAUAGUGACAAUAAUUGACACAGUUAAAAUUAAGAAACAAGUGCCAGAAGAAAGUGUUGCUGCAAAGGUUGGCAUUACAGAAACCGUAAAGCCGGUAAUAGACGAAGUAGUGACAAUCAUCGACACAGUCAAGAUUGAAAAAUCAGUGCCAGAAAAAGAAUUAUCUGCCAAAGUUGACACUAUAGAUACUGCCAAACCUGUGACUGAAGAGGAAGUUACGGUUGUUGAUACUAUAAGCAUUGACAAGAAAGUAUCAGAUGAGAAGAUAACUGCCAUAGUCGGCAUUACAGAAACAGAGAAGGCAGUGACAGACGAAAUAGUGACAAUAAUUGACACAGUUAAAAUUGAAAAACAAGUGCCAGACGGUGUGGCUCCCAAGGUUGACAUUACAGAAGCUAUGAAACAUGUAACGCAAAAGGAAUUUACAGCUAUGGAGACUGUCGCAAUAGGCAAACCAUUGCAAAAAGAGAUAACUGUUAAAUCUGACACAACAGACACUGUAAAGCCAGUAAUAGACGAAGUUGUAACAAUCGUUGACACAGUCAAGAUGGGAACACCAGUACCAGAAAAAGAAGUUUCUGUCAAAGUUGACAUCAUAGAUACUGUGAAACCUGUGAUGGAAAAGGAAAUUACUGUUGUUGAUACAGUCACUGUUGACAAACCACUGCCGGAUGAAAAAGUAACUGCAAAAGUUGACAUUACAGAAACAGAGAAGGCAGUGACAGAUGAAACAGUGACAGUAAUGGACACAGUUAAAAUUAAGAAACAUGUGCCAGAAGAAAUUGUUGCUGCCGAAGUUGAUAUUACAGAAGUUGUGAAACCUGUAAUUCAAAAGGAGUUUACAGUUGUUGACACUGUCGCCAUAGACAAACCAGUGCAGAAGGGGAUGGUAACUGUUAAAGGUGACACAACAGAAACCGUCAAGCCAGUAAUUGACGAAGUUGUGACAAUUAUUGAUACAGUCAAGAUGAGGGAAUCAGUACCAGAAAAAGAGGUUUCUGCUAAAGUUCACAUUAUAGAUGCUGUGAAACCUGUAAGAGAAGAGGAAGUUACAGUUGUUGACACAGUCACAGUUGACAAGCCAGUAUCAGAUGAGAAGGUAACUGCCAACGUUGGCAUUACAGAGACUGAGAAGGCAGUAACAGACGAAAUAGUGACUAUAAUUGAUACAGUUCAAAUUAAAAAACAACUGCCAGAAGAAAGUGUUGCUGCCAAAGUUGACAUUAUAGAUACUGUGAAACAUGUGACAGAAGAGGCAGUUACUGUUGUUGACACAGUCGUGAUCGACAAACCUGUACCACAUGAAAAGGUAACUGCCAACGUUGACAUUACAGAGACAGAGAAGGCAGUAACAGAUGAAAUAGUGACAAUAAUUGACACAGUUAAAAUUAAGAAACAAGUGCCAGAAGAAAGUGUUGCUGCAAAGGUUGGCAUUACAGAAACCGUAAAGCCGGUAAUAGACGAAGUAAAAAAGUAA